AUGAGUAGUAUUUAUAUACAAGAGCCUCCGACGUCAGGAAAGGUUUUGCUAAAAACAACAGUAGGUGACAUCGAUGUAGAACUAUGGGCAAAAGAGGCUCCAAAAGCAUGCAGAAACUUCAUACAACUCUGUAUGGAAGGUUAUUACGAUGGCACAAUAUUUCACAGAGUUGUUAAAGGAUUUAUUGUCCAAGGAGGAGACCCCAAUGGUGACGGCACUGGAGGCGAAUCGAUUUAUGGAGAACCUUUCAAGGAUGAGUUCCACCAGCGUCUCAGAUUUGCCAGACGUGGUCUUCUUGCAAUGGCAAAUGCAGGAAAAGAUGACAAUGGGUCCCAAUUCUUUUUCACCUUGGCAGCUACUCCGGAACUUCAAAACAAGCAUACGAUAUUCGGUAAAGUCACUGGAGAGACUUUGUUCAAUAUGUUGAAGUUAGAAGAAUGCGAAACUGAUGACGAUGAAAGACCUAUGUACCCGCAAAAGAUUUUGAAGGUUGAAAUAUUGAAUAAUCCUUUUUCGGAUAUCGUGCCGAGGGUUAGUAAGGAAUUUGAGUUUAAGGAACCUGUUAAGGUUAAGGAGAAGAAGAAAGGAGUCAAAAACUUUAAAUUAUUAUCCUUUGGUGAAGAAGCAGAAGAAGAUGAAUUUGAAAGUACAAGUGCUAAUCAGAAAUAUUCUACAAAAGGUAAAUCUUCUCAUGAUAUGUUAAAGAAUGAUCCUACGCUUGAUAGUACACCUGCAGUUGAUAUUAGUGAGAAAAGCAGCAAAACUUCUAAACAAAGAAAUGAUGAAAAAGAAUAUUUAAGUGAUGACCAGAGUGAUGAGGAAGAUCGUAAUGAAGAAGAUGAAAACAAAUUGACUACAGAAUUUGUUAGGAAUAAAUUAAAAUCAAAAACAGAUAAUAAGAAGAAGUUACCAACGACUAGUUAUUAUCUUGGUAAAGAUAAGCAAGAUGAAAGGAAACGAAAAGCAGAAGAAAUUCGUAAAGAAUACCGGGAUCUCAAAAAAGGCAUCUCGGAUGAAAAAAAGGCUAGAUUGGAGGCAGAUAAAAAGAAAGAUAAGGAAGAGGAGGAAAAAUCCAAAAAGAAGAAAGUUGUCGACAGUUUUCAUGAGGAACAGGAAAAUUAUAAGAAGUUGACACAAGCUAUACCAAAAAAGGGAGCCUCCAGAGAGGAAUUCACCUUGAAUUUGUUAGCAAAGUUUCAAAAGAAAAUGACGGCUGCAAGAGAGAAAAGCUCAGAUGAACUUACAGAUGAUAAGAAAAACGAUAAUAUUGAAGAUGAUGAUGAUAAUGAUGAAUCAUGGCUAUCUCAUAAAUUACAGUUUGAGGAUAAAGGAGCAGUGUUGGCAAAGGAUGCUUCUACAAAAGGUGACGAUUGGUUUGAAAUAUAUGACCCAAGAAAUCCUUUGACCAAACGUAGGAGAGAGGAAAGUAAAAAGAUACUGAGCCAGAAAAAGAGAUAG